AUGAGGUUAACAGCACUGCGUGUAUGUGGGACCCUGCUGGCCUUCUUCAGCCUCUUCUGGACAACGGCAGACUCUGAAGAAGAAGACUUCUUGGGGGAUCAUGGAUUUGGGCCCUGUGCUGCAACCCUGAGACCUGAGGGGUCAUGCAGACAGGGGCAGGAUGGGAGCACAUGCCCAUACCUAUUCAGUCUGCCGCCGCUGACUUUCCACUUGCCAAAGGAGCUCAGAGAGCUGGAGAAAAUUGUAGAGGAUCUGCAACAACUGAAAGACAAUGUGGAUCAACUGAGGAAGAUGUGCACAGACUGUACAGUAAGCCAAACUGAGAGAGAGUGUGGGAAGCAGAGAGAAAGAGACCAUGAUGAUGUGAAUGAAAGGAAAGAUCAAUUUAAGGAUGAGAGGGGCUGGCUGAAUGAGAGAGACACAGAGAGGCUGAAAAAUGACAGUCAGGAGUGUGGGACAGACAGGGUUAAAGCAGAAAAGACUUCAGAGAGAGAUGGUGACAUUGAUUCUGAGAAAAGAGAAAAGUUGGAGGAGAAAGAGAGAGAGAAAUGGGACGCAGAAAGAGGGAGUGAUAAAAUGGUCGUAAAAGAUAAUGAGAAAGACGUAGGAGAAAAAGAUGGAAAAAUGCAAACGGAGGGGGCAAAAGAAAAGGACAAAUUAGGACAGGCUCCAAAAGUGCCAACAACAAAUCAAAAUAAGAGAAUAGUGGAUACGGACAGGAAGAAAGUUGUUGACAAAUAUAACAGAGAGACAGAGUCAGACAUUGGCAAAGAGAAAGAUGGGAAGGGGAAUUCAAAAGCUAAUGGAGACGGUAUCUUGGAGAAAGAUACAGAGGGAACAAUAACAAGUAAUAAAAAAGACAGGGAGAAAAUAGAAGACAGGGACCAUUACGUGUGGGGAGAUGAGACAAAGGAAACAGGGAAAAGGACUCAACCUGAAGAGGACAGGGACCGUGAUGAAAUGAAGAUGUCUGAGGGCCGCAAUGAGCAUACAAAUAAGGAGCGAGAGCGGGAGAGGGAGGAGAGGAGAAAGGAAAUGGAAAAGGGAAUAAAAGUGGAGCGAAAUAAUGAGAAACCAAAACAGACUGAAAGCAUCGAGCGUGCAGAAAAAGAGAGGACUAUAAAAGAGGGGGCAGUGGAGGAGGACGGGGAAACAGGGAAGGAGAUCAAAACAGGAGGAGAAAAAACAGUCCAAAGUUUACAGAGAGACGGUGAUGGAGAAUUAGAGUCAAGUAAGUCAACUGAGUGGACAGACUUUGUUUCCAUCAGCCCGACUGACUCGAUCAUUAGUGCAGCUCCGAGGCACGACUCCAUGGACUUGAACGAAGCUAUAACCAUUACGUCAUCUCUUCCAUCGCCUCCUCUGUCAAGCUCCACUCCACAUCUGAUCGCAGAUGUCGAUCAGGGCAAGAAAAUAACUCCUGAUGGACUUCCAACCCAAAGUACAGGCUUGAGAACAGGUGAUAUUUCUGAACAGCCAAGUCCUGGUGCGGAGGCGGGCUUCAGGAGCACAACAACAUCAGCUACUUUAGGCCCACUUGGUGGCCUUAAACAGCGGAUACCCACCACCAUGUCCACUGCAACCAGCACAAAAACUUCAUCCACCACAACUCCUCAUCAGAAUUUACACACAACUACAUUACCAGGAAUCCCAGACCAAAGCCAUUGGGCAGCUAAAAGGAACAUCAGCUCCAACCCAAAGACUGGUGUUAAACCUUCACCAGGCCAGGCACCAAAACGCGGUGAAAAGCGUAAACCUGAGGCUGACCAAAAGCUUAAAAAUCCAAAGACAGGUGGUAAACCUGACCGAGCCCCCUUGCCAGACAAAUCAACAAAAUAUGACCAAAAGACCCUGUACUUUCCAACCCAAAGUACAGGCUUGAGAGCAGGUGAUAUUUCUGAAUCGCCAAGUCCUGGUGCGGAGGCGGGCUUCAGGAGCACAACAACAUCAGCUACUUUAGGCCCACUUGGUGGCCUUAAACAGCGGAUACCCACCACCAUGUCCACUGCAACCAGCACAAAAACUUCAUCCACCACAACUCCUCAUCAGAAUUUACACACAACUACAUUACCAGGAGUCCUGGACCAAAGCCGUUGGGCAGCUAAAAGGAACAUCAGCUCCAACUCAAAGACUGGUGUUAAACCUUCACCAGGCCAGGCACCAAAACGCGGUGAAAAGCCUAAACCUGAGGCAGACCAAAAGCUUAAAAAUCCAAAGACAAGUGGUAAACCUGACCGAGCCCCUUUGCCAGACAAAUCAACAAAGUAUGACCAGAAGAAGAAGCCUACUCAUCAAAAACCAACGACUGACCAGAAAUCCAAAACCAGUAAAGACUCUGUAUGGGUUCAAGGUAAAAAAUCUGACCAAACACAUUCACCUGAUAACUUAUCCACUGAUCAAAUACCAAAGCUUGACCAUGGAUAUACAACUGAUGGAAACCAAAAUCCUCCUCCAAAGCCAACAACUCAUCCAAGAUUUUUUCUACCAGUCCGCAGACCCACGCCAAAUCAAAGACCUAAAACUGAAAAUACGACAGGUUCUCCCAAAAACCCUUUGACUGACCGUGAUCACCCAAAUGUUGAAGUUCAACCUGACAAGAACCUGCUCCAUCCAUUUUUAGUUGACAAACCUAAUCAAAAUCAAAAACCACCAAAAAAGCCACAAAAUGAAGACAAACCAGAACCAGACCAAAUAUAUACACCAAAACAGUCUUUCUCACCUGUUCAAGAACCUGAAUCUGAACCUGAACCGGAAGUUCAACCUGACAAGAACCUGCUCCAUCCAUUUUUAAUUGACAAACCUGAUCAAAAUCAAAAACCACCAAAAAAGCCAGAAAGUGAAGACAAACCAGAACCAGACCAAAGAUAUACACCAAAACAGUCUUUCUCAUCCGUUCAAGAACCUGAAUUUGAACCUAAACAAGGAGAAACAACAUACCACACACCAAAUCCUAACCAAAAGCCUUUGACAGAAGAGAGGCCAAAGCCUGGACAGAAAAUCCCUAAAAACAAUCUGAACCCUAAACCAGGUCAAGUAUCCAAACCAAACCAAAAACAUCCAAAACUUGGAACAGGCCCAAAGACAAAACCAAAUCCGAGGCCGAAACCUGAUCAAACACGAACCAAUAAUGGACCUAAAACAACUCAGCGCGGACAAAUCCCCAACCUUGACCCCAAAGCUUUACCUGAAAGAAACAAAACAUUACCACAAAGGCCCCUGCCAAGACAUAAGGCACCAACCAGACCCAUAAUCAAGCCAGGAGACACGCCUGCUAAAAGACCAAAGGCAGCAAUGCAACCGGAGCCAAAUCCAGAGACUGCAACAGAUUCAGAUCUUCCUCAAAUCAGUGGGACUUUAAUAGAAGGCAUCCAAAACUCUCAAACUGACCUCCCCCCUGCAUCAGACCAUGAAGUGAGUCAUCCCCCAGGGAACACUGAUAUCAAACCCAAGAACCAAAACAACAUGAAAACUAUCACUAUAGGUCCAACGACCUCCAACAGCCUCAACACUGGACCCCUCCCUCAUUUUCAGAUCCACCCUGAGGGAUUCACGAGGAGUCCUAACAGCAGGAUCAUGUCUGAUCUAAGGCCAAAAACAACCAGUCCACCACUGUGGAUCCAAAUGACAACAAGACCAAACAAAAUCCUGCGUGGGAUCCCUCCAAGCGUUGCCACAACCACGAGUCCAAGAUCCACAAACCCAAAUCGAGCUUCAAAAACUGACCCCAGCCAAAAUGCUCACCAUGUGCAGGAAACAGCAGUCAGACCAACUCCAGAUCCAGACAAAACCAUGGUUCCAGCCCCUACCCCCACAGUUCAAGUUACCUCAACAGUCACCCCUGGCAUAAGGUCAACAACCCCGACCACCUCUGGCCUUGAACCCCCGGCUGCUGAGUCUUCAACCCCCAGUGCACGAGAGUUACGUGUGAAGAUCAACCAGACUGCUUUCCUCAAUAACAGCCUAAUACCAGCAGACAGACGUCCAAAGGAGGACAACAGCAGGCCUGACAGGACAAAGAGCAAACAGCCGACACUGAAACCACCAGCAGGCAAGAGAAACUUCUUCUAACAUAACUGAUAAUUUUUUACUUUAUGCUCAGAUCUUAACACAGGGGUUAUAUUUUACAGACAGAGCGUGCGUGUAAUGAAAGUAGCAUGUGUACCAGGUGUUGCUCUUAAUUUGUUUCAACCAGAGAUUUUUUUUGAGUAUCUACCGUCACAACAAACAUAUUUUGAAUUGACAACCAGGCUCAUACAAAUGUUUUGUCUUAUGCUGAAAUUACAUCAGAAUAAAUAGGCACAGAAAACUGUAGACUUGUUGCGCAUCGGUAUGUGAGUGAUUAUUACAGCAUCCGAAAAACAUGCGCUGAAAGGAAUUUGAGCUAAAAGACCACACUGUAAGCACUGAUGAUCCUCAAAGACUGUAAAUUAUUCUGCAAUUGUGUGGUCCAAUAACAUCUUUGUCCCAUACAUCAGAGGAGGAUCAGGGACUUGUGCAAAACAUAUGGCUGUAUGGUCGUUGUUAUUACUGGUGAGACCACAACUAUGUAUUGACUACAGCUUUACUGUAUCUUUCAGUGGAGGGCUGCUUUCUCAGAGGGAUUUUUAGUUAAAGUUUUUAAUUUGAAAUUGGUCAAGUUCAUUAAUCAAAUAUCAUAAUGAUUGCCCCAUUUGUUCAUCUUUUUUUAUUUAAACAAGACAUCACUUCAUUAUUUUUGAUUUAACAAACAAAAUCAGCAAAACAAGCGCUAGUGAAAAAGGAAGUAAUUUUCUUAUCUUUUACAUAUUCAAAUAUACACUUCUUUCUUGAACUGUUUUAAUUCAUCUCACCACUCUGGAGGUCCACCAUUAAAGGGAGCCAAAACACUAAAUCUUUUAUUGUGGAAAAGUAGUUUAUCACUGGCAGGUUGCACUACUGACCUCAUUUCACAGUUUUACACAGCUGCAAGAUGAUGUCACCUGCCACCUAAGGACUUCAGUUUAAUUACUCUUGAAGAUGUGGGCACAUUUCUAAAGGAAAUAUGGAUGUUAUUCUUAAUAUUUUCCCUCCAUUUUACCUGCAGUUACCAUGGUGAGAGACUGCUCCGACCACCUGCUCAGAGGGGAGACAAAAAGUGGAGUGUACCUGGUGACCCCCGACCUCCGCAGCAGAAGCUUCCGGGUCUUCUGUGACAUGGAGCUUGAGGGUGGAGGAUGGACCCUCCUGCAACUCCGCCAGGAUGGCAGUGUGAGCUUCAACCGUACCUGGGCAGAGUACCGAUCAGGUUUUGGGAAGCUUGAAGGAGGAGAGUUCUGGCUGGGCAACAACAUGAUCCACCUUCUGACACGGGACAGGGACAUGAUGCUGCGGGUGGAGCUGGAGGACUUUGACGGGGUGAUGGAGUUUGCAGAGUACAAGCUCUUCAGGGUGGCCAGUGAACGGUUGCGCUACAGACUGACAGUUGGGGGAUACUCAGGUACUGCAGGUGAUGCUCUUCGCUUCAGCAAGACUUAUGAUCACAACAACAGAGCUUUCACUACCCCGGACAGAGACCACGACCGGUAUCCAUCAGGGAACUGUGGGGCCUACUACAGCUCCGGCUGGUGGUUUGACGCCUGCAUGGCUGCAAAUCUGAAUGGGAGAUACUAUGUUGGAAAAUACAAAGGAGUCCGGGAUGGGAUUUUCUGGGGGACAUGGCAUAACAUAUCCUCAGAAUAUUACCCAACCAAUGACAGACAGUCUUUCAAAGCUGUCAGGAUGAUGAUCAGGCCAAAGGGCUUUGCAUUAUGA